AUGGCAACGGCGUCGUCCUCUUCCUGUCUCUCGUCACCGGCUUCUUUCGUAACGGCGCAUGAUGCCAAGUCCACGGCUGCCAGCAGCCCCGUCCAUGAGAACCCUUGUCCCUAUCGCGAUGCGCGACAGUUGCCCCGCGACUUGAGGGCACAUUGCCAGAUUUUUCUAGAAGAACAACUCUACAGCUCCGCGAUCAGUCUCCUCAAUAGUAUUGCUGGUUCUGGCGCAUCCAGACGUACACCAACAAAGCGACCAGUCCCCGUUCCUCCUGCUAGUCACCUCGCUCUAUUAAACACUCUAAUAAUACAUCCACUCCACACCACACGCGCAGAAAAGAAAGACCGCCUCGAUGUUUCCUCGCAGGCCCUAGAUUAUUUGCGCAAUCUACUCACCAUCGUCGGUCCCAUCAAUGCCGACUUCAGAACAGCCUUCCAGUUCAGUUCCGCGCCACGCUGGGGACGUCGAUGGGACCAAAAUGCACAGGGAAAUGAUAGCGACAUGUCCGAUGUAGAAUCGAACGGAGACGACGAACGACUUCAAGGUCAACUCGCCAACGAAAGCAGCAUAUGGAACCGUGGACAAGACUUUUGGUCUACGUUAGGCUGGGCCUUCAACUGCAGUGUCUUAUACCCGAAGCGAUGGCGUUAUUGGAAAGUUUGGUUAGAUUUGAUGUUGGACGUCUUGGAGGCCGACUGGACAGAACGUGAGCGACGCGAUAAAGAAGCACAACAAGCAAAUGGCCCGGAGAGCGAACUACCUCGUACAGCACGCAGUGAUUCUAUUAUUGUCAUGUACAUGGAUCAACAAAAUGGACGGCAGAAUGGGGCUAAAGGAUUUAUGAAGGCCCUAUUUGCAGACGGAAGCGAAAUAUCAUCAUCGGCCUACCGAGAAGUGUUCGACAAAGAACCCAGAAGACCCCGCAAGCAGUCUAAGAAACGAAAACGGGAGCAAGUGCUCGACCUGGAAAACGACAAAUUUGGCGAUUAUUACGAUGAGGAGUCAAUGUCCUCGGGAGUUUCUGAGCCACCGACACCUCAAAAACCCAAAGACACACGGAAGCUUGGAACAGCUGGAGCACAUGCGCCAGGCUUAGUCGAGUCUGUAGGCGUACGCCUGCGCCUUUUCAAGCUACUUUCUGCAGUAACGUGGUCACUCCGAAAACCCAUCGAGCUUCAUCGUUUAUAUGAAGAGUAUACCGCCUCUCUCAAACUUCUCCCACUUCCUAUGUUUUCUCUUUUUGCAUGCCAGCGACCAAAUGUCCUCUUACCGGAGGCGCACAUCACCAUCGCUAAAGAACUAUUCGACCUCUUAUUACCAAAUUCUUACAAAAACCCUUCCAAGGUUGAUCCAGAAGGUGAUGCCCAGGGGUGUUUAACCUUACCUAUGUUAGAGCAAUGCUUUGUCCCUCACCCAGCAAAUACGGUGGCGCUGGAAGACAACGCGAAACUAUCACUAGUUGUCGAGGAUGCUAUACAGCUUCUGUGGGCUUGCGGUUUAAUGGUUUAUUCCGAAAAGUUGGAAGAGGCUGUUGAGAAGGGCAUAAUGGCUCGGGAAACAAAAGCAAAGAAGCGGCGUACUGGGAAGAUGAAAAGCGACGAAACUGAUGUUCUUGCUCAAGACAUCCUUACCAACUCAGCAGAAAGAAUUCGGGUUUUGUUGGAAGUUUUAAAAGCUACACAGGAAAUGGAGUCAUGA